AUGGGGGCAGUCGGCCGCCACCCUCGACCUCCUCCCAUUGUUCCCGUCCUCGACCCUCGCCUUGCCGGAUUGCCUGCCCCUGCCCUGUGUUCCCCCGGCAGGCGGGGGAAGGCCAAGCGACAAGGCGAGGCAGGCAGCGUGGUGGAGCUGCUCACGCUCCCGUCCGUCGAGAUGGCCACCUCCAUGAGAGGCGGCGAGGAGGAGGAGAGCAAGGCCACGACAGGAGGAAGCAGAAGGAGCAAGGAGCCUGAAGCUGAUCGAGGGUUGCAAGGCCGCUCAAUUAUACGCCUUAAGCUCCGUCGGAGCCUCCACGUCCGGCUCGGCGGAUGCCGGCGGGAGCAGCAUCGGCAAGCCCCAUACCCCGCCUCCUCCAAAGACCAUAUCGAUGCGGUCCGGAUCGCUCUACUACCCGCACGCGGCGCCGUCCACGUCGGGGCCUUCGUGCCAGAGCCGCACCUGCCGUGCGGCCUCCCGGUGGCCGACGCGCUGGAGCCGGCCCUGGACGCGUGCCUGCGACCCGUCGACCACGUCGGUGCGCUCGCCGCGUCGUACCGGAGGGUGUCGGCCGCCACGGCGGGGGCCGACGACGACCUCUGCGACGCGUACCUGGAGCAGCACGCGCUGUUCCAGUCGAUCGGCGACGCGCGGCUGAUCCGGCGGGCGCUGCGGGCUGCGCGCGUCCACGCGGACAACCCACACCGGCGCGCCGUGCUCUCGCAGCGUGGCUCCGUGCCCCGCGCCGCGGUCUUCGCCAGCGUGUCCCACAGCGUGGACCCACUCUGCCCGUGCCGCCGCCCGCCGCCUCCUCCCAUCACCCCUCCACCGCACCGCCUCAGGCGCAACACGUCGGGCGCCGCCUCCGAGAUGAGCGAGGAGGAGGAGCCGGAGACCAAUGACCUGUGGUUCAUCAUCGGCGAGGAGGAGGUGGCGUGCGAGCGCUCGUGCAUUGCGGCGCUCUCAAAGCCGCUCAACACGCUCCUCUACGGCGGGUUCGCCGAGGCGCACCGCGACCGGAUCGACUUCUCCCGCGACGGCAUCACGCCGCGCGGCAUGCGCGCGGUCUCCGCCUACAGCCGCCACGGCCGCGUGGACGACUUCCCGCCCGACAUCAUCUCCCAGCUCCUCGCAUUCGCCAACAAGUUCUGCUGCGAGGGCCUGAAGGCAGCCUGCGACAACCAGCUCGCAGCCAUGGUGCGGGGCCUCGACAACGCCCGAUCCCUCAUCGACAUCGGCCUCGAGGAGGCCUCCCACCUCCUCGUCGCCUCCUGCCUCCAGGCGUUCCUGCGGGAGCCCCAAGACAUGAGAUCGAACACCACGGUGAUGCUGUUGGAGAGGCUGAAUGAAUUCGCGGAGCAGCCAUGGCAGAAGCAGCUGGCGCUGCACCAGCUCGGGUGCGUGAUGCUGCAGCGCGGCGAGUUUGAGGAGGCGCAGGAGUGGUUUGAGGCCGCCGUUGCCGAGGGCCAUGUCUACUCGCUGGCUGGAGAGGCACGUGCCAAGUACAAGCGCGGGCACAAAACCCGCCGGGUGGAUGUACCAAGAGCGCUCCUGUACUGUGUCGGCAAGGAGAAACUGGCUGAUCUGCAGGCGACGACGGAGCUGGACCCGACGAUGACAUUCCCGUACAAAUAUCGUGCCUGCGCGUUGUUAGAGGAGGACAAUUCUGAGUCCGCGAUCGCAGAGAUCAGCAAGGUCGUCGGUUUCAAGAUGGCGACCGAUUGCCUGGAGCUCCGGGCGUGGUUCUACCUUGCGCUUGAGCAAUGCGAGUUGGCUGUGCAGGAUGUCAGGGCGAUAUUGACGUUGGAUCCAACUUACAUGAUGUUCCAUGGGAGAAUGCACGGGGAACAGCUGAUUGAGCUCCUCCGAGGACAGGUGCGGCAGUGGGAUAUGGCAGAUUGCUGGAUGGAGCUGUACGACCGGUGGUCGGCGGUGGAUGACAUCGGCUCUCUGGCGGUUGUCCAGCAGAUGCUCGCCAGGGAACCCGGAAACAGCAGCUUGCGGUUUCGACAGUCACUUCUCCUGCUAAGGCUAAAUUGUCAGAAAGCUGCCAUGCGUAGUUUGCGAUAUGCUCGGAACAGUUCACUCCAUGAGCAUGAGAGGCUUGUAUAUGAAGGUUGGAUUCUGUAUGACAGUGGACAUCGGGACGAAGCAUUAGCCAAGGCUGAGCAGUCGAUUGGACUUCAAAGAUCAUUCGAAGCCUUCUUCCUCAAGGCGUAUGCUUUAGGAGAUUCUAGCCUUGACACAGAAUCUUCGCUCUCCGUUGCAUACAACAACAUGGGGAGCAUCUACGUGGACUGUGACAUGCUGGAUGAGGCUGCCGAGUGCUACGGCAUAGCACUGAACAUAAAGCACACACGGGCGCAUCAGGGUCUAGCUCGAGUCCAUUACUUGAAAAAUAGGAAAAAGGUUGCUUAUGAGGAGAUGACAAAGCUCGUGCAGAUAGCUACCAACAGCGCGUCGGCGUAUGAAAAACGGUCAGAAUAUGGCGAGCGCGACGCUGCGAGGAGCGACCUGAACACAGCGACGCUUCUUGAUCCUACAAGGACUUAUCCUUACAGAUACAGAGCAGCUGUUUUGAUGGACGAGGGCAAGGAAGAGGAGGCGAUCGCGGAGCUGUCAGGAGCCGUAGCUUUCAAGCCGGACCUCCAGCUGCUCCACCUCCGCGCGGCCUUCUUCGACUCCAUGGGCGACAGCGAGAGCGCCCUGCGGGACUGCGAGGCCGCGCUGUGCCUGGACCCAACCCACACGGCGACACCCUGGAGCUGUACAGCAAAGCCUCCACCAAGGCCGACGAACCCCAGAGCUAGCCGGCCGGCCGCCGCCCUCCUCGUCGUUGAUUCAGCUGCAAUUUUUGCGAGGCAGAAUGAUGAGACGAUCUCUUCUCUACUCUCAUGGGGUGGAAGCAGACGGAGCACUGCAGAUCAGUGA